CCUUCCCAUACCAAAGCAUUGCCAUUCAGGUAGAAGUUUCUCGAACGCUCAAGAAACGGUUACAAAUACAACGAACGAAUCCGCGAGCGAAAACCAAAACUUCUCUGCGUCCAAAUUCCGCAACCGAGUUUCGUUUCGCGAUUUGUGAACGAGGUUUAACGAGAUCAACAUGAGGGGAAGAAGCUACAGUUACAGUCCAUCACCUCCAAGACAUUACGGUGGUCGAAGGGGACGCAGUCCUAGUCCUAGGGGACGUUACGGAGGAGGCCGCUACAGAGGCCGUGAUAGAGACUUGCCAACGAGUCUCCUUGUCCGGAAUCUGCAUAAAGAUUGCAGGCCGGAAGAUCUGCACGAUCCAUUUAGCCAGUUUGGUCCUGUCAAGGAUAUUUACCUGCCUCGUGAUUAUUAUUCUGGGGAGCCAAGGGGUUUUGGGUUUGUUCAAUUUGUGGACCCGGCUGAUGCUGCAGAUGCAAAAUAUCAAAUGGACGGUCAAGUUCUUCUUGGUCGAGAGUUAACUGUGGUGUUUGCUGAAGAAAACAGAAAGAAACCUCAAGAAAUGAGAGCAAGAGAACGUGGGAGGUCAUAUGAUUAUAGAAGAUCUCCCCGCCGUCGUUCUCGUUCACCACGCUAUGCAAGAACCUAUUCUCCUGGUCCAGACUAUUCACCUUCUCCAAGACAAAGGCGAUAUUCCAGAUAUUCCAGGUCAAUUUCACCAAGGGAUACAAGGUAUAGGAGGGGAUCAUACUCUAGGUCCCCUUAUAGUAGAUCACCUUAUGCAUCAAGAAGCCCAAGCCGGGGAAGGAGUUACAGCAGGAGCCGUAGUCCAGGGUACUCUAGGUGAUUUAACCUGACAAGCUUGGCUGAUGUGGAAGAUAACGCUGUAGUUUUUACUUUGCUUCUAUUUAUGCUUGUGUUCUAUGUUGUUAAUUAAUAUAAUUUAGUAGUAAGGAUUUGUUAAUUAAUCUAGUAAGGAUUUGUCGCAGCAUUGUUUGUGCUCUAUAUUUAGUCCUGAUUUUUAUCAAACUUCUGUUGGACCAAGUUUUCUAUUUGUGUUUUUCUGCCUCCAAUUCUUGUCUGUGCGAAUUUCAUGGAUGAUUAUUUUGUGUAAAUUUUAGUUUUCUUUUGCAA